AUCUUCCUGUCCACAGUCGCUCAGUUCGCGUCCACUCAAAUGGCUCUUACAAUAGCCAACGGUGGAGGAGGAGGCAGAAUCCUCCGCAGCUGUCCUACCGAACGCUCCUACGCUCAACUCCCGAUCCGUCGCCACGUGCUCUUCCCAUUCUCGUCCAGAACCCUCCACGUGGCUUCCGCUGCCAAGAAGCUUUCCUCCCGAACCGGACGCUUCGACAGCAGGAAUCGGAGGAGCUCAAUCACGACUAAAGAAGAGGAAGAUGAGCAACAGCAGCCGACGGUCCAGAUUGAAGAUGCUGUUGAAAAUGUCGGUGUAGGUGCUGACGGAAAUGUCGUGGUUGAUUCUAGUGGUGUUCCCAUGCCGGAACUUCCGGGUCAGGAACCCGACUUCUGGGAGGGUCAACAGUGGGACGCCUUCGGCUUCGUUGUUCAGUAUUUAUGGGCCUUUGGCAUAGUUUUCGCGUUAAUUGCAUGUGGGAUUGCGGUGGCGACCUACAAUGAAGGGGCAACAGAUUUUAAAGAAACUCCUGCAUACAAAGAAUCAAUUCAAUCACGAGAACUUUUGGACGAACCCGAGGCAUCUAACUCGGAUGUCUUUGAAUCCAACCCGACAGAAGUGGCACCUAGUUUAGAAUAGUCACCUCUAUAAUGAGAUGCAAACAGUGCUCUGCAGUUUGCAUCUGCACAUGAAUAUAGUUUUAUUCAAAAAGGAGACAAUUUGAAGAAAAGGUGUUUCUCUUCAGCUUAUAAGGUAAUUGCUUGUAAUUCUCUUAUGAAUGUACUUGCUAUUUAAUCAGAUGUUAAUUUACAGAAAGAUUUGCUAGUGUGUUAUAUAAUCUGAAGUUAUAAUGUUGAA